AUGAGCAAUGUGGACUGGGAUCCUAACGAGUUUAUUGUUAAGGCAGAGGCGGAAUCCAUUGCAUGGACAAAUGCCCAAGAACGCCUACAGAAGGCCAAUACAGAAGCCCAUGUCGAAGUAUCGGUGUCGGGUGACAUAUGUCAGGUGGAUGGGGCUUGGAAGGAAACAGAUUGUAGAGCUGGACUUGGAUGGUAUUAUUUUAACACAGACACUCUUGACAAAUUGAUGGGUACAUGUAAUCUGAGGCGGGGGAUAUCACCACUUCAGACGGAGUUGGAAGCUCUCAUUUGGGUUAUGCAAUGUACGCUAAGGAAUAACAAGUUAAUUAUGGUUUUUCAGAGGACUGUUCCGAUGUGGUGA